AUGUCGCGUCUGCUGAGGUUCCUGCCGAGCCUCAUUUUCCUUUCCAUCUUCUUUUGCUUUCUGCUCAACCUUUUCGAGUACGACUACCCGGACGUGCCUAUACCGGAUACAUGGAGGGAUCAUCGUGUCGAAAUCCCGGAGAGCGCUGGGCGCUCGGGCGGGUAUCCGGGGAGUCCUUCUUUCAUGGGCGGAGAGAACCUUGAGGCGCAGGAUAACGAUGGUCAUGGGAACGCAUUUGUGGGCAAUGGGAAGCCUAGCGAAGGCGAGGAGAGAGCCGUUAGCGAGGUCGAUAUCGACGACAGCGAAUUCCAUGACGACUCAGUCGACGAGAACGACGAGAUCGAAGAGGAGGAGAAUGUCACUGAAAGUGCCGACAGCGACAUCAUCGACUGGUCCCGAUUCGCCUACGUCCAAUAUGUUACCAACGACGUCUACCUCUGCAAUUCUCUCAUGAUCUUCGAGGCACUACAGCGAUUUGGCAGCAACGCUGAACGACUGAUGAUGUAUCCCGGCCAUAUGCUUGCGCCCGAUGCUCAAGAGUCGGGCACUCAUGCGGGACAACUUUUGAUCAAGGCUCGCGACCAGUACAAGGUCAAAUUACGGCCGGUUGAGAUCCAGCGACGUAACGGUAAUGACGUUACCUGGGCCGAAUCAUUCACCAAGCUUCUUGCCUUCAAUCAGACCCAAUACGAUCGUGUUAUUUCCCUCGACUCAGACGGCGUUGUCCUCCAACACAUGGACGAGCUCUUCCAGCUUCCACCCUGUCGUGUUGCGAUGCCCCGAGCCUACUGGUUCAUGAAGGACGACCCCCCAAAGACGAUGCUUGCAUCACAUGUCAUGGUUGUGGAACCCGACAAGAUCGAAAUGGAGCGCAUUUUUAAGAAGAUCGAGACCAUUGAGAAUACCGAGUACGAUAUGGAAGUUAUCAACAGCCUAUACCUCGACAGCGCAAUGAUCAUUCCUCACCGACCGUACGGCCUACUCUCAGCAGAAUUUCGAAUGAAGGACCAUUCCCAGUAUCUUGGCUCUAAGAAAGAAGAAUGGGAUGCUAUUGGGGUCUUGGCUGAAGCCAAAUAUGUGCACUUUUCUGACUGGCCCGUCCCGAAACCCUGGGUGCAGGAUUCCGCGAUGCGACUACAAAAACAACCACAGUGUCCGACGGCUGAUGGCCAGGGUACCCAGGAGACCUGCGUGGAAAGAGAAAUCUGGAACAGGCUCUAUACUGAUUUUGCAGAGAAUCGAAAGAGGAUUUGUGAGCCAGUAGGCAAGCCUCAGCGCCGGAAGUGGUUCAACUGGAAUCGGCUAGAUAGGGUAGAAUCAAGAUAG